AUGUCGUUCGUGUGUACGGGUCGGUCGCGCUUGGUGUUGAGUGUUCAGAAGCGCAGCUCGGCGUCGCCGCUGCCGGCGCCGAGCGCGAGCGCGUCCUCGUCCUCGUCGUCGGCGGGCGCGAGGCGGGGGCGAGGGGGCGGGGGCAAUAAUAUAACAACGGUCCCGGUGUGGUGGGGUAGUGUGUGGUGUCGGUCGCGCUUGGUGUUGAGUGUUCAGAAGCGCAGCUCGGCGUCGCCGCUGCCGGCGCCGAGCGCGAGCGCGUCCUCGUCCUCGUCGUCGGCGGGCGCGAGGCGGGGGCGAGGGGGCGGGGGCAAUAAUAUAACAACGGUCCCGGUGUGGUGGGGUAGUGUGUGGUGUCGGUCGCGCUUGGUGUUGAGUGUUCAGAAGCGCAGCUCGGCGUCGCCGCUGCCGGCGCCGAGCGCGAGCGCGUCCUCGUCCUCGUCGUCGGCGGGCGCGAGGCGGGGGCGAGGGGGCGGGGGCAAUAAUAUAACAACGGUCCCGGUGUGGUGGGGUAGUGUGUGGUGUCGGUCGCGCUUGGUGUUGAGUGUUCAGAAGCGCAGCUCGGCGUCGCCGCUGCCGGCGCCGAGCGCGAGCGCGUCCUCGUCCUCGUCGUCGGCGGGCGCGAGGCGGGGGCGAGGGGGCGGGGGCAAUAAUAUAACAACGGUCCCGGUGUGGUGGGGUAGUGUGUGGUGUCGGUCGCGCUUGGUGUUGAGUGUUCAGAAGCGCAGCUCGGCGUCGCCGCUGCCGGCGCCGAGCGCGAGCGCGUCCUCGUCCUCGUCGUCGGCGGGCGCGAGGCGGGGGCGAGGGGGGCGGGGGCAAUAA